GUUAAUUCCCACCAUUAUCUCCGAUUCUUUCCCCUCUUGUCAAUUAACUAAGAUAGUGGCCGGCAACACCUUUUGUGCAAAUUGCAGCUCGGCCCGGCGGCCCCCAUCCUUCAACUCUCAUUAAUAAAUUCCAUUUCCAAUUGUCAGUAUAAAUGCCUCCCGCAGUGUUGCUGUCAACCAAAAGCAUGGUGACUGAGGAGAAUAAGGGUCAUCAAGAGAGGGUUCAGCAGUACCAGAAAGGAGUGAAGUAUCUCUGUGACGGCGGCAUCAAAACUGUUCCUACAAAGUACAUCCUGCCGGCGCUGGAACGCCCCACUGCCAUGAAUCCCGGCAGAAGAAAUGGCGGCGAUGAUAGUAAGGUUAACAUUAAGCUUCCAAUCAUUGAUUUUGCGCAGCUCCAAGCUGGCCCUAACAGGCUACAGGCCCUUCAAUCCCUCGCAUACGCUUGUGAAAAUUAUGGCUUCUUCCAGUUGGUAAACCAUGGCAUAACGGAGGAGGUUAUGAGCAGCAUGAGAGAUGUGGCGAGAAGGUUCUUCGAGCUUCCGAUGACGGAGAGAGAGAAGUACAUGAGCUCCGACAUGUCGACGCCGGUCCGGUAUGGGACCAGCUUUAAUCAAACAAAAGACGGCGUGUUUUGUUGGAGGGACUUUCUCAAGUUGGUCUGCCAUCCCCUUUCCGACCUCCUUCCUCUCUGCCCUUCUUCUCCCUUGGACUUUAGGAAACGGGCUAUUCCGUACGUUAAAGAGACAAAAUUGUUGUUCGCAAAGGUAGUGGAAGCCAUCCUAGAAAGCCUCGGCGUCGAGGAGAAGAAGACAGGCGAACAAAAAGGUGACGAUAAUGAGAUUACAAAACAACUACUCGAAGAUGGAAGCCAGCUAAUGGUGGUGAAUUAUUAUCCUCAAUGUCCUAAUCCUGAAUUGACUCUAGGAAUACCUCCCCACUCCGACUACGGUUUCCUCACUCUCCUCCUUCAAGAUGAUGUCCCCGGUUUACAAAUCCGCUACCGUGGGGAUUGGGUCACUGUUGAGCCUAUUCCGGGUGCCUUCGUCAUCAAUGUUGGUGACCAUCUCGAGAUAUUUAGCAACGGGAGGUACAAGAGUGUGCUACAUAGAGUUGUGGUGAACUCAUUGAAGUCAAGAAUUUCCAUAGCUUCAUUGCACAGUCUGCCGUUCGAAACAACAGUGAAACCGUCGCCAAAACUAAUUAAUGAAUCGAAUCCAAGGCGCUACAAGGACACGGAUUUUGCGACGUUUCUUGAAUACAUAAAUUCCUGCGACGCCAAGGAGAAGAAUUUCCUAGAAUCCAGGAAGCUGACGAGCUAGGAGAGACAACCAGACAGUACGUGAACAACCUACGACGUACUGAUUAAGGAAAAUGCAGACAAUUUUGGAGUAUUUUUUAACAUGCGUGAUUUUAUUUUUAUUUUUAUUUUUGCAGCGAUUAAUUAUUAGAAAUUAAUUAAGUAGUAUUGAUUGAAUUGGUGAGUUGAGGAGGAGAAGUGCUGUAUUGUAUUCGAUUUGUAGUAUAUAAAAUUAUAUGGAAACUGUAUAAUGGUAUACAUUCAUAUGGGUAAUAUAAUUUUAGUGACUAUUUAAUGAA